UCUUUCUGUAAAUCAAAGUGGGUUUUAUGGCCCUCCCUAUUGUCUUUUAGAUUAUGGUUGUUUGUGGGGGUAGUUUUUGUAGGGUUAAUAGUAUUAUGGAGGGAAGUUGUGUCAGUUCCAAGAAUCAAGACUCAUGUGUUCGUUUUCUUGAUUAUCAUACGUUUCUUCUUACUUCUUCUAAUCUUCUUUUCUUUCUCUAUCUAUCUAUAUAUAUAUGUGUGUAGAAAGCUGCUCCUGAAACGUAACAAUGGGUUCAAUCGGAGAAAUGAAACCGUUUAAAGAUCCAAUAAUUGGUGGUGAAAGAACAGAUUUUGUGGAGAGUGGAAAGAGUAGCAUGUGUAGAGGAAGUACAAGCACUGAUAUAAGCGACGAAAGUUGUUACAGCACGUUGAGCGCCACCAUCAGCAAACCUCAUAAAUCAAACGAUUCAAGAUGGGAAGCGAUUCAGAGUGUUAGAUUACAAGAUGGGAAUCUGGGUCUGAAUCAUUUUCGAUUGUUGAAAAGAUUGGGUUGCGGGGACAUCGGAAGUGUUUAUCUUUGUGAGCUUACGGGUACCAAAUCGUAUUAUGCAAUGAAGGUGAUGGAUAAAGUGUCGCUUGAAGGUCGUAAUAAGUUAUUAAGAGCGCAAACAGAAAAGGAAAUACUUCAAUCUUUGGAUCAUCCUUUUCUUCCCAGUUUGUAUACUCAUUUUGAGACGGAUAAGUUCUCGUGUUUGGUAAUGGAGUUUUGCCCCGGCGGCGAUUUGCACAUGCUCCGGCAACGCCAGCCGGGAAAACGAUUCUGUGAACAAGCUGUCAAAUUUUAUGUUGCUGAGAUACUUCUUGCUAUGGAGUACCUGCAUAUGCUUGGAAUCGUGUAUCGUGACCUGAAGCCGGAAAAUGUUCUUGUUAGGGAAGAUGGUCAUAUAAUGCUUACCGACUUUGAUCUUUCACUUCGUUGUUCAGUCAGUCCAACGCUUGUGAAUUUAUUUUCAUCGUCUUUAGAGAACGAUCCUUUACAGAAGAGCUCCGGCGGUUAUUGCAUCGAGCCGCCGUCGUCUUCGUCUUGUAUCCAACCCUCAUGUGUGGUUUCUACCUCUUGUUUCUCUCCGAGAAUGUUUAGAUCCAAGAAAGAUAAGAAAUCGAAGUCGAAAUCGGAAAUUGGGAACCAGGUGAGUCCGUUACCGGAGCUUAUGGCGGAGCCGACCGGUGUCCGGUCAAUGUCGUUUGUUGGGACGCAUGAGUAUUUGGCGCCAGAGAUUAUAAAAAACGAAGGACAUGGCAGCGCGGUGGAUUGGUGGACGCUUGGUAUAUUUUUGUACGAGUUGCUUUUUGGGAAAACUCCGUUCAAAGGGACAGGCAAUCGAGCGACGUUGACAAAUGUGGUUGGGCAGCCGCUGAGGUUCCCGGAGUCGCCGGUUGUGAGUUUUCCGGCGAGGGAUCUGAUGAGAGGUUUGCUGGUGAAAGAACCAAAGCAACGAUUGGCAUACAAGAGAGGAGCUACUGAAAUCAAACAACAUCCUUUCUUUGAAGGUGUUAAUUGGGCGUUGAUUCGUUGUGCAACCCCACCGGAAAUCCCAAAGGCGGUGGUGUUUGAACGGAAUUCUUCUCCGAUGACAUCCCUUUGCGAGAAAAAGGCUGCUGCUGUCGUGGUUGCACCUGAGAAGAAGGGAUCCGACAAUUAUCUUGAGUUUGAUUUCUUUUGAAACAGUUAUACAUUCUGAAAUGUGAAGCAUUCUUUUUUAAUUUCGUUUGGAUUUUUUUUUUUUUUUUUUUCUGUGGAAAGAUAAGAAAUUUAUGAUGUUUUUGUUUGGACGACUGUUGAAAUAUGUGAAAAUUUUGUGUUUGUAAAUGUUAAUACAACGACAUUCUUCAGAUUA